GGGGGUCCUGUCAUGAAUCCGGGUCCACGAUGCUCCCUCUCACCACCAGAGGUCACUGUCUCCCGGAUUCAAUUCCCCAAACUCCACUCACCUCAUUAUUGUUUGAUUUGCCCCAGCUGUGUUCCUGAUUGCUGUCCCUUCUUAAGCUCCCUGUGUUUUCUGUUCUGCUCGCGUUCGUCUCACUUUUGUGCCAGCUCAAACACAGAGAAGCUGCAAGCAGUUUCAUCAGACGGACAUAAACUAUGUUCAGGGUGACAGCAUGACUAUUUCUUGCCUAACCACAAUCCACUCGCUGGAGUCUCUAACAGUCAAACUACGCAAGAAAAACCAAGAUAAAGACAUCCUGAUGUAUCCAGACAUCUCUCCAGGAUCAGAGCACCAGAGAUGGUCUGUGAGGAAAGAGGCUGGAAAUGUUACACUUGAUCUGAAAGACAUCAGAUUAUCUGAUGAUGGCUUUUAUGACUGUCGGGUCUACAAGGAUCAGGACUGCCUUCAUUCAACACCAUUUAACCUGAAGGUCAGAGAGUGUAAAUUGUUGAACCCUGUCCAUGCAAAGAUAAACUCUUCAGCGUUGCUGCCAUGCUCUGAACAACCUCUACAAAACAGAACUGAACAAGUCACUUGGGAAAUCAUUACUGGUCACCAGUCAACAAACAUAACCCAAUAUCACCAUCCAAACAAGCCCUCAAACAGCACAGAGAGACUCCUAAAGCCUCUGUUUGAGAGAGCGAGAAAAAUAGCAAAUGGGUCUCUGAACAUAAGAGAUGCAGUACACGCUGAUGAAUCAUGGUAUCGGUGCAGAGUGAAUGAAAAAACCUGCUAUGAAGUAAAGCUGCUCAUGAAAGAUUAUGGGACAUCUAAUUUGAUGACAAUAUUAGAAACACCUCCCACAACAUUGUUAGCCACAGCCUCUGCUGACAAUUCUUUUGGCCAGGCUGAAAGCAACACAACUAAUUCAACAGUAGUAGUGAUGACCACGAUUCUGUCUCUGUGUGUCCUCAUAUCAUUGACCGUCUGUGUCUUUAUUUAUUUCAAAAAACAAAAGUGCAAAUCCAACAGCCAAAUUGCUUUCCUUCAAAUGAGUGAAUCUAAGAGAAGAGGUUUCUUGUGCAAUACACAGCUAAAUGACCAGUUCUCUGUAUAUUACUCCCAUGUUGCAGAUGAGUUUGAUGUCCCAUUUUAUUCUUUAGUUGAACGAAACACAGCAACAAUGACCACCUUUGUUGCUGAAAAAUCAGAAGCUCCUGCAUUUAAACCAGAUGACUUGUAUGAAAAGUUAACCCUGUGAAACAAAUAUUGGCAUUUUUAAAGUUUUGUGAUGUGAUUUAAAGUCUUUGAGGAAUUGCUAAUUUAGUAAUUGCAUGGCACCUGUCACAAAUUAUAAUAAUGAGAAACAUCUAUACUCAAAUAGUUGUUGACACUCGCUGAGGCUCCUUGUAAUGCUAUGGUUUUUAUUGUUUUUUUUUUUAUCUUGUAAUGUGAAACUAACAUGUUGUCACGCAACUUUAAAAUCUUCAGUUCUUUCAAACUCUAUAAAGACGGUCAAAACAACUAUAAGACUUUUUAUCAUAUCCUGACAGGCUGUGACUGAUUUGUUUUGUGAGGCAAAGUCAUCGGCUGACGGUCUGAUAACUGAUCUGAUGCAAGACUUAAAAAUGCAAUGAUAUAAAUAGACACUAUAGAUGCAGUGUCAUCAUAGCAGCGUGUUUAUCAAGGCUUCUUUGAAAAUAGGUAGUGUAAACAAUUAAUUCAUCAGAAACCUUAAACACAAUUAAGAACAUAGAAUUAACAAUAUGCAGGGGUAGGGCUCCUUUCUUGUGAAUAGCUUCCUGUGGCUUUCCAUUUUAUCAGUCAAUGUCACAUGAUCUUGGCUUUUCAUUCUUUUUCUUAAGAAAUAUGGACAGAUUUCAUCAUCAUACUCAAGUAACAACAUCUUUUGAUGGGCUACCAGAUAAACAGAUCAUAUACCUUACAGUAUAU